UACGGGCGGAGCGGGAGGCGCCAAAGAUUCGUCUCCCUGUCUGAUCCCAGCACAGGCCCGUGUGUUUCCGCCCUGACUUUGCUGCAGAACCGGUCGGGGAGAUGUUCGUGGCGCGGAGCAUCGCGGCCGAUCACAAGGACCUGAUCCACGAUGUUUCCUUCGACUUCCACGGGCGGAGGAUGGCGACCUGCUCUAGCGAUCAGAGUGUGAAGGUGUGGGACAAAGGUGAAACUGGGGAGUGGAACUGCACAGCAAGCUGGAAGACACACAGUGGCUCAGUAUGGCGAGUGACAUGGGCCCACCCUGAAUUUGGACAAGUGUUAGCCUCCUGCUCCUUCGAUCGGACAGCAGCUGUGUGGGAGGAGAUAGUGGGAGAAUCUAAUGAUAAACUACGGGGACAGAGCCAUUGGGUGAAGAGGACUACACUAGUGGACAGCAGGACGUCGGUGACUGAUGUAAAAUUUGCUCCGAAACACAUGGGUUUGGUUCUAGCCACCUGUUCUGCAGAUGGUGUUGUGCGAAUAUAUGAGGCCCCAGACGUCAUGAACCUCAGUCAGUGGUCAUUGCAACAUGAGAUCUCGGGCAAAUUGAGCUGUAGCUGUAUUUCCUGGAACCCUUCAAGUUCCCGUUCUCAUCCCGCUAUGAUAGCAGUGGGAAGCGAUGACAGCAGCACAAACUUAGGCGGGAAAGUUCAAAUUUAUGAAUACAAUGAAAACACCAGGAAGUAUGCAAAAGCAGAAACCCUAAUUACGGUCACCGAUCCUGUGCAUGAUAUUGCAUUUGCUCCAAACCUUGGAAGAUCUUUCCAUAUCCUUGCAGUAGCAAAUAAAGAUGUUCGAAUUUUCACACUAAAACCCUUAAGAAAAGAAUUAAGUGGUUCAGGAGGGCCAACAAAAUUUGAAAUCCAGACAGUGGCCCAGUUUGAUAAUCACAAUUCCCAGGUAUGGCGUGUGAGCUGGAACAUCACUGGUACAGUAUUGGCGUCCUCUGGAGAUGAUGGAUGUGUCAGAUUAUGGAAAGCUAAUUAUAUGGACAAUUGGAAAUGUACUGGCAUAUUGAAAGGAGAUGGAAGUCCUGUAAAUAAUGCCUUACUCCAACAGCAAGUGGGAAUUCUUAAUCCUUCCACAGUAUUUAGCAAUUCAACCUCACAGAAUACACUUAAUGGAAUGUCUUCUGGAGGAAGGUAUUUCUUUCCCCCUUCGGACCAUGCUCGGGCUGGAUCAAGAUGGUCCAGUUAUGCCCAGUUUCUUCCUCUUCCUCCUCCUCCUCUUCUUCCUAUGGCAGAACAGUCUUGUGAUGCUGAUACAACUCACCUUCAGUAUUGUAACCCUCACAGUCGUUACUCCUGCAGAACUCUCAAUUCCUUGCCAGAGAAUGAGGGGCAGCUACUUGCAUUUAACAUGACUGUUCCAAGAUGCUUCAGAGGAUGUCAAGCCCAAAAAUGGGAUUGUAAGAGACUCUCGGGGUCACUUGGCUCCUGCCUUGGUCCAAAUGUGGACAAAAGAGUUGAACUGGUGAGAUCAAAUGUCUGUAACGUAAUGGAAAGUGUCAGAAAUCUUGAGGAUGAAACAUUUCCAAGCUUUCUGUUGCAGUCUGUGAGAGGCAAUAGCAGUGAAAUGCUGGAAAAUGUCACAGUUUCUUCAAAUUUUGGACUCCCUGUGGCAGCGUCAACAGUUGCUAAAAAUAAAUCUGAUUCCAGCAACAGAAUUCCAGAUAUUCAAACUUCAUACUUGGAAGAAGGAAGGUUUUCCAGAGCGGAGACACAUCCAUCUGAUGUUUCGAAUUCUGAAACCUGUAAAAUAUUUGCACUUAGUUUUAAAGAUGAACUAGAACAUGUUGAUGACUUCCUUGAUGCUCACUGUAUUCCUGAUGUCACGGAAAAGCACUUGGAUGAAUUUAGUUCUUCCUCAGAAGUAAAUCCACAACAUGCAUUAUCAGGGAAAUAUAACAAUAGACAAGAUGCCAAAUUUGGAUUAUUGUCUGUUGGUAAACUAAAUGAGACUCCUCCUGGGUUGGAUAGUUUGACUGACAGCACUAACAAUAAAGCAAAUAAGGUUGAUGGCACAAAGGAAUCUGGGAACUCCCCUACUCUCAAACGAACAGAUGAGGAUUUGGGCACAAGACGAUACAGUGACAGUCUAGCUAGUUUUUUAGAAGAUGAAAGGCUGUUGUCAUUGGCAAGCUUGGAAGACCAGUCCACAGAUGAUGAGUUUGAUGCUGAGGCAUUUCGGGAUGAUAGACUGGAAGCUUAUUUCAAACAGUUGGUCCCGCCAGGAAUGCAAAGAGGUCACACUGAAGGACAAGAACUCCCUGAAGUCCAUGCUGCACUUCAAGAAACCAGAUGGCACCAGAUGCCUCCUGUUCGACAAGCAGCCACUGGAAUGGAUUCCGCACCAUCAAGUGGUGCGGAUACAGAAGAUGAAUUGGAGGCUGUCCAGCAACAGAGUGCUUUGCAAGGACAAUUGCUGUUGUCCAGUUCAACAAGGCAAUUGCUUGGAGAGAGCAAUCAUCCCAGCUUUAGGCCAGGAUUGGAAGGUGGUAGCUCUGAUGAGUCCAUUGGACCACUUGAUGAACUAAAUGACAUUGGAUUUGAAUUCAGAAGAUCAGCAGAGGGUCAGGUCAUAAACUCACCAGUUGUAGGUGGUGGAGGGGAUGGUAGCAGUGGGAAUGAAGAAGAUGGAAAUGUCGGUGUGUCAGCUAUUCCUUCUGAUUCUACAACCCAUGAUGAUCGGUGGGGAUGUGAAAUAGUGGACAGAAAUAUAGCUGGAGAAGAAGAUAACAAUAUUAGUACAGCAACUGUUCCCUCUAAUACUGCAACAUACGAUAAUUUGCGAGGCUUCAGAAUAGUGGAUAGGAAUGUUGCUGGCCAAGAUCAAGCACAUGGUACACUUUCAUUAAAUGGGAAUAAGGAAUUUAUUGUUGGUCAGAAUGAGACAGAGGGUCGUUUAGGCCCAGUAGGCAAUGGAAAAGUUAUUACCACUGUUCCUGGAACAGCUCUUAAUUUAUCCUCCAGAAGAAGUUCAACUCAUCAUCAGGAAGCUUCAAAUGCUAUGAAUACCAAUGAAAUGAAGCUGGAUUCUGCAUAUUUUCGCACUGUGGGAGGCAAUAUUACCACAGAUGAUCAGUUACUUUUUGCUGUCCAAGACUCACCUUUUCAUCUUUCUCAGAUCACCUGCUCACCUUGUGAUAAUGACGACUUGGGUCUUGGAGGUGGACCUUGUGGAGACAUUACAAUAGGCCAGUCAGCAGGUACAGGAAGUUGUGAUGAUGCUGAUUGGACCUUAUGUGCUGAUUCAGGCCCACCUCUUGCUGCUGCCUACUUAUCACCUGUGUAUCCAGAUGAAAGUGCAAUUGAGACAUGGCAAGAUUCCUCAAAAAACUCUCAGUUUCGUAAACAGCAGAAAGCUGAGUGGAGCACUGGAUGCUCCCAAUGGGAUAGUGGAGAAGGGGAGAGACCUAGUGUGGUUUACCAAAAUGAAGAAGGAAACUGGGUGACAGAUCUAGCUUAUUAUUAUUCAUUGGAUAAAGAACAGGAUCAGUUCAAUUUGCCAACCGAUCUAGCCAAUAGUAUUCAAGAAGAAGAAUUCGUUACUGGCAAUAAAGCUGCUGCAUUGAUUAAAGAAGAUCAAAAGGAGUUUGAGGAAAAACACCCAUUUCUUCAGGAGGAUAAAAUGGACACGACAGUUACAAAUGGAGCAUGUGGAAGUGAUUCAUGGCAGCUGCCAGCUAAUAGCUGCUUGAUAUUGAGAGCAUCUCAGGCAGGAUCUGACUUUAUGCAAGGCAGUCAGAGUUAUCUUCGCCUCACUCUGGGAGAAUUCUUUGGUGAAAGAUCAGAGGCUCUUGGAUGUCUUGGAGAACAAAACAGUAGCAUAAAACGGCCUUCAUUUGGAUAUUCCAUAACGUCACCAGAACACCGAGCACCUGUUCCUUUAUUUGAACCUAAUUUGUCACAAGUCCACAAUGAAACCAGUAAGCUUUGCCGUGAUGAUGCACUUUAUUCAGGAGUUUGUUUUUAUGCAGCUGACCUGAAGAAAAUGGACCAAGAAAUUCCUACAGAAUUUUCAACUACGUUUCUAAUUAAUAAGCUGACUGAAAAUGACAAAUUUCAAACCAAGGAAUCAAAUUCAGAUAUUCACAUGAAUGAAUGUGGGAGUAUGAAACUUUUGAGUUCACAUGCGAAAGCUGAAGAACCUAAAUUAGUCAAUGGCACAGAUUCCUUCUUGAGCAUAAGUGCAAUUGCUUCUGCUAUAGCUGAUGCGUCAGUGAGUGCUGACCCUGCUCAGCUAGCUACAAUGAUUUUGGAGCUUUCUAAUAAGAACAGGAAGAAAAUUGAGCACGCAACAACUAGCAGCAAACCAAGUGUGCAGCUGCACGACCAGGAAAGCAACAUGAAGGAUUUGUGUGUUCUUGUGGAGAAGAAUUGUGAAAGACCUGAGACCAGUGAAAGUGAAGUCCUGAAAUCUGAAUUUAAACCAUUAUCAGAAUCUGUUUCUGCUUACAGUUUAGAUUCUGUUGUUUCAUCUGAAAAUUCCAGAAAUCCUCACAGCACGUCAAGUUCAUUUUCAGAGCAAUCUAUCUCAAGUAGAACCAGCAAGCAGGAACAUAAGGAAACAAUAUAUUCAAAAGAAGAGUUGGGCCAAUUUAAUGCUAUUGAAACACGAAAUGUAACUCAGUCAGAUGAAACUUGUCUGUCAGUCAAAUUAGUUGAGGGUAAGAGCAGAUCACAUAGUCAGAAUGAUCACACAAAAACUUUUGUACUUGAGAAGAGCAAAUUUCCUGGCCCCAAACAUGGUGGAAGUCAAGUUAUCGAUGUCAAAUUAAUGACAAAAGAAGAAUUUUUUGAUAACCAAGGUACGUCAGUUGGAAGUACACUCACUGAUGUGCCAAAGUUAACUGGCACUGUUAAAUCAGUGGAGAAACAUGGUGAAUCUUUUUUAACUGUUUCUUCUACACAGAAUGUUUGUCUGGUGGAUAAUGAACCAAACUUGGAUAAAACUCUUUGUAAAACAAAGAAUGAAAGUGGAACAGAGAUAUUGCAAAAAGAUGUUGAGGAAGGGUCUUCAGAAACAUUAUCUGAUGACAGAAUAUUUAAGACAGAACAGAAAAACAUGAAGGUCACUGUUUCUUCACAACCCACUGCUGUUCAAGGUGUGGCAAUGAAUAAUUCCAGUUUGCAUUGUCCAAAAAUGCAUACUAUUGAGCAAAGAUUUAGAAAAUCAAAGAGCGAUACAAUAUGUGAAGAUGACAAAGCAAUACACAUAAUUUCAAAGCCACAAGUGGGAAGAGAUGAACCAGAAAGCUCAGAUCCCCAUGACCAAGUGAGAGUCAGCUUUGAACAAUCAAAUCAUGACCCAACUGCACCAAAAAACAAUGAAACUGAUCAUUGUUCUGUGGCAGAUCAGGUAAACUUGAGGCCAUUGACUCAUUCUUCACCAAGCCAAGUAACAGAUUUACAAACUGCCACAAGCAGUUCUUUCUCAUUGACAUACUCCAACCCAAACCUUAGCAGACUGAGCUAUAUCUCUGGUGUUGACACAACACUGCAAAACAGCACAGCCAUUGAUGGUCCAGCGAAUGCUAAGAAUGACAAAACCAUCGAGCUAAGCACUACAAUUAUUCGAUCAAGUCCCACUCCAACGCCAGAUCAAACUCUAGUUAAUCCAAGUGAAUUGACAAUUUCAAGCUCGUUGGAGGAACAUACAGAUGAUUCUUGCAAUCCUCGCUCACAGCCAAGACAAUCGGGUUGUGAUAAACAGCAAAGCCACGAAUGCAAAAGUUCUGUGGAUAAAGCUGAAGAUGGAUGUCAUUCACAAAUAGCUGACAUAUCUUCUCCACAGUCUGAGGAAGCAAAAAUACUACAAUCAAGUAAUCAGCAAUUGGAUGCUUUUCCUCCUGCAGCAUCAGGCAAGCCAAUGGCGUAUGAAGAAUCAUCUACAAUACAAAAAGCUGAUCAUGUUCAUGCAUCUUGGCAGGACAAGAUGAACAGAAUACAUUGUAGAGACAACAUUCAAGGAUCCUACACAACUACUAGUGGGUUAGGUGUUCUCCCACCAUUAAAUACUAAUUGCAGAUAUAUGCCCAUUUCAAGCUUUAAACCUCAAGGAGCUUCUUCAGAUGGGCCCACGGCAGGCCCGACAUUACUUACUGGACAUUCAUUAUUAACAACUCCACUGGCCCAGCAGUAUCUGGGAACUCUGACCUCCACUUCCAAUUGUCUAAAUGUGCCUUUGACCUCAUGCCACUUGGGCAACACUUUGUCUUCUAAUAUGCAUAAUCUUGCAACUGGUUUGCCUGGUGCUAAUUUGCUCAUUGGAAAUAUUCAAGCAUUUGGGACUCACCUUGAUCCUAAAUUGGGGGCAAGGAUGUUAGACCCAGCUCAAUUCUACAGUGCACACACCAUACCUUUGGACUCGCAGUCUAUUAGCUACCAACCUUCUAGAAUUGGCAUGAUUGAUCAGUGGUCAGGUGGACAUCAAUUGAGAGAUGUUGGCCAUGUGCUGGUCCCGGAGGAAUUGAAGUUUCCAAACUCAUGUUGUGUUGGAAUAGCAUCGCAAACAUCACUCAGCAUGUUCAAUCCAACUGAACGGUGGAUGCAAGUCUCUAUUGGAGUUGUUAAUGUUACACUAAAUGGAGAGAAGAUGGAUACUUUUGCUCACCAGUGUUGGAUAUUCAAGAACAAAACCAUCAUUGGCCCUCAUGUUACUGAAGAUUUAAAAUUGAUGUUCCUUCCACGUCACUCUGGGAUUUUUCAAUGUGUAAUGUGUGUCUCCUCAUGUCCAGUCUCAGCAGAUGCCAAUACAAUUGCUAGAGCAGAAGCACUUGCUGUAAGGGUGAUUAUUACAGCUGUGGCAGAAGACCCAUUGAUUGAGGUUUUGGCCGGGAAAAGCAAAAGCUUGGAUUUUGGUGACAUGGUGCCUGGUGGUGAUAAAGUGCUCUCUCUCAAAUUGAUUAAUAGGACUCGCGCCACUGUUCCCAUUAGGCUUGUCAUCAGUGCAAACGCUGCUGCAUGGAGAUGUUUUACAUUCUCCAAAUCUGACACGUUAACCGAAAAUGCACCGCAGGCUGAGAGAAUCUCGCCAUUGGUGGCCCCAUCAGUCAUGAAUCAUGUGAUGCGAGCCAGCUAUGAUGGAGAGGAUCCUGAAAGUUUUGUUUUGUGGGUUCAUUUUCAUGCACCACAGAAAUAUAUCAGUAGUUCAGAUCCCUUAGGUACUGCUGAGGAUUACUUUGCAAGAGUUGAUAUAGAGGUUGACAGUCCUGGCCCCAGCAACGUUAUUAACAGUGUACCACUCUGUGCCAGAGUUGGAAUUGCUAGAAUACAUGCUCCUAAAGACCUGCAGACUCUCGUAAUGUGUGCUAAGCUUGGUAUGACAGCUAAACAAAUCCUCCCUCUAAAAAAUGCAGGAAAUAUCACUGCACAGCUCAAGAUUCAGACUGCAGAAUGCUGUUUUUUAGCAAAACCUGAAAAUCUUUUAAUUCAGCCUGGAGAAGAAUUGGAGGUUGUAGUUUCAUUUACUCCACAGGAUGCUCAAAGUGAGAUACAAAGCCAUUUGACUAUUCUGGUCCAGCCUUUUGGUCCCCAGUAUGAAGUUGGUUUGAAAGGAUUGCUUGGGAGACCUGAAUCAGUCCAGUCAAUCUCCUCAACUUCAAAUUCCUCGGUUGAUGUACCACCAAUUCUAUCCAACAAGCAAUUUAUGUCAUGGGGUGGCGUUUCUCUUGGAAGGACAGUUCAACAGAAGCUUAUUCUUAGAAACAAUUCUUCCUCUGUUACACAGCAGUUACGUUUGUUGAUCAAAGGUCAAGAUCAAGACUGCUUUCAGUUACAGAGCACAUUUGGUCCUGAAGAAAGACUAACAAGUAAUCGCGAGUUGAUGGUCUGCCCUAAAGAUGAUGUCUGUGUGCAUCUUUUGUUUGCACCAACCCGAGUCGCUUGCAUGUUGGCAAGGCUCGAAAUUAAGCAAUCUAGGAUACGUUCAACUCGACCAGGAGUAAAAUUCACAAUUCCACUUUCAGGUUAUGGAGGAACAAGCAACAUUAUAUUGGAAGAUGUCAAUAAACAACCAAGCAGCUAUGUGGUGAAUUUAAAUGAUAUCGCACCAGACAAAGUGAGCAAGAUAUCUUUCUGUAUGAGAAACACAGGCUCUCGGGCUGCUUACAUUAAGGCAGCUUGCUUCAUGGAUUCACAGAUGAAAACUUUUAUGACCACCGAUGUUAUAAGUAUUUCUCCAGCCCAAUUUGUACUCAAGGAACGGACUCGAGAGAUAAUUACAGUAACCUGCAAAUCCACUUUAAAAGAAUACCUUCACUGUAAAAUGGAUUCAGCAUUGCUUUGUACAAUUUGUUUCUUUUGCGGAGACGAGGUGGCACGCCAGCAGCUGAGAAGAGCACUUAGUCGGAAUCAUCAUGGAGUUGAACAGAUAGUUUGUGGAAACAGCCCACUUCGGAAGAUUAAUUUCAAUCAAAAGUUUUCUGGGGAAGAGUUCGUAUCAGAAGUUUAUGACAUACCAAAGAGGCCAAAUGACAUCCGGAUUUUCUAUGGAAAUCUGAAUAAGGUGAUACUCUCUGUCACUGGAAGUUCUGCAACUGAGAACACUGUUACAGAAGCCUUGAAUUCGUUUUCUUCAUCUCCUGUUAUGAGUGUUGGGUCAGAAAGUGUACUCGGAAGUUCAGAAAGAAAUUCAUCAAUUGCAUCUUUGGAUGUUCUUCCAGUGAGAGGACCGCAAGGUUCUCCACUAUCUUUGAAUGCUUCUAAUCAAAUGCUGAACCAGUCAACCAAACCAAAAUCAUCAUGGACUGUGCGGCCUGAAUAUUUAAUUCUUACUGUGCCAUCAGUUGAUGGAUCAGCGCAGACUGGACGUGUACAGAUUAUAAACCACUCCCCUAGGUCUUUGUCUUUUGAGCUGUCUUGGCCAGCACACUCCUUAACAGUGACACCCCAACAUGGAGUAGUUGAUCCAGAGAGCCACUUACUAAUUCUUGUGAGCCCAAAUCCUUCUCUUGCUGCUAAACCUUCUGCUGUACCAUGGAGUGGACAGAUCUAUGUGCACUGUGACAACAUACAGCAGUUAAUUAAAGUACAAAUUCGAGAAGAUGUUAUAAUGGACACUUCUGCAGCUGUAUUAAGCCCAACUGCAGUGCUAGAUACAGAACCUUGGACACCUAACCUUCAUCUGGCAAAGCCUCUGUUGAAGUCCCCUCCUACAAAACUAAAGAUAAAGAACAGAACUGUACAUUUUCCCUCAACAUCAGCUGGGUCUAGUUCAGAAUCAUUAUUGGAAAUUGAAAACGAUGGGGAAGAAACUGUGAAAUGGUUUCUAUCGUCAUUUGCACCUCCAUAUGUAAAGUGGGUGGAUGAGAGUGGAGACAUUUACAGAGCAACCUAUACAGUCUUCAGAUGCUCCAGAGUGUCUGGAACACUGCAGGCACACAGUAAUGAGAAGUUGCCGAUUAUCUUUAUGCCUCGAGAUAAGGGUGACUAUUCUCAGUUCUGGGAUUUGGAGUGUCGCCUGGCUGUCGAGCCACAUAUGAAGCACAAGAUUCAGUUUCAACUUCAUGGAGCGGGGACAAAAGCUAAAGGGGUCUCCAAGGAAACUGAUUCAGCCACUGAACUAGUGAAAACUGAAAUAGCAAUGAAAAGGAGGAAAUCCAUAUCGGAAAGAUUAACCAGAACGGGACAAGAACAGCCAGCUUACAAGGGUGUAUUUGCACCUGAGGAUUUAUACUCCUUCCCGGCAACACCUGUUGGGGAAUCAAGCACAUUAAAGGUUAAUUUACGUAAUAGUUCAUCUGUUGUGCACAUGCUGAAAUUUGUAAACCCCAGGGAGCCAUUUUAUAUCAAGCAUUCCAAUUAUUCAUUGCGUGCUCAACACUACAUCAAUCUACCUGUCCGGUUCAAACCAGAGUCAGACGGCAGAUUCGAGGCACUGCUCGUGAUACAAACCGAUACAUGUGGAAGUCUCCCUAUUCGACUUAUUGGUGAAGCUAUUAGAAAAGAAUGAACAAAAAUUAACUUGGUCAAAUUAAGUGCCUGGUUGAACUUUGAGACCCACUCUCGAGGAAAGGUUGUUCCACAGGAAACAGCAUUAAGUGGAAUCCUACAGCAACAAAUGGAAAAUGUACCUUUUAUGUACAACUCAUGUAUUUUGUAAGUGAAGAUAUUUAUAGACUGGUGCCUUUUUGAUUCAACAUCAGAUUGGCUCUUGAAAAGGAUGGAAAGUAUUUUGGUAGGUAUUUGUAGUAUACUAAAUAAAGGUGCCAGCUUGCUAUAGCAGGAACCUGUACACGUUUCUGCCCUUUCCUUCAGUAUUGUAUAACUUGAAUUAUUUUGCACAAGCUUUAUUUUUGUGGCCAUUUUGUAUACAUUGGAAUAGCUCUUUUAUGCUGUAUAUUUGAAAUAAAGUCAAUAUUGUAAAUUAA